CACAGACCCCAGGGGGGCUGUUGCGGUGUCCGGAAGAAGCAGCGUUAACAUGGCGGUUGGGUUUUUUACUCCAUGCUUUGGCUGUGAGCAAAGCGUUUUGCUGUAAUGACUGACUUAAAGCGCGUCGCUGCAGAGAGGAGGAACGUGUCGGGAUGCUGACUGCCUCGGCUCGGAGCUGAGUCCGCGUCUCCCCACUCCACGCAUCCGCUGUGUGUCCCUGUCGUGACUUGUGACCCAGUUUGGUUUGAUGAGCUUGGAUGGCAGGAAACAUCAGGAGCCUGAACACAGGCCAGACAGAGUGACAUCCUAAUUCAACAAAUCUUACUGGACUCACAGAAGAAACAAAAUUAGCUCCUGUGAACAAAACACGAUUCACAGCACCUAACAAUGGGUGAAGUAACUAUGGAGGUAGAUGAGGAUGUCAUAAAACAGGACACCUCUGUGGAGCACCUUGCAGAGCCACUGCUGAUAAUCCUGUCCCCACCUCCACCUUUCUUGCCUGUCCCCGGUGAGCCAACAAUGCUUUGGUCUAAAUGGCUCAAAGCUUUCGAGCACUACGUCGAAGCGCUCAGUGAAAAAGAGCUGGUCGAUUCUAGUAAGUGUCUGCUCUUACAGAACUGCCUUGGCCCAGAGGGACAGCGUAUCUUCACAACACUGAUCCAAAAUGACACCACAUAUGCAGCAGCCAUAUCAACACUGACAGCUUACUUCAGCACUGAUAACGCCACUCAGAUGCACCUCCUUAAAUUCCACCAAAGGGCUCAGAUGCCUGGCGAGACUGUAGAUCAGUUUGUCUCCACUUUAGAAGAACUGCUCAGGCCUUGCAGUCACGGAAACUCAAAGGAUGAACUCAUCCUGAAUCAACUGAUUGAUAAAACAAGCUCCCCACAACUCAGAGAGAGGCUGCUGGUCAGGAGGGAAAGUUUGACUUUGGCUGCAGCGUUGGUUAUUGGCAAAGAGGUGGAAUCUGUGUUAAAUCAAUCUCAGCUGUUUGAUAUUCAUGAAGUCAGCGUGGACAUUGGAGAUGAUUUGGACCCACCGGUUAAAAAAAAAGCCAAAAGAGGAAGGCCUCGCCGUGGGGAGAGAAGAUCCAAAACAAAUUCCCGCUUGACUAAAACCCAAUCACUCAGACUCAAAGAUAACUACUACUACAGCAAUGAUAAGCUGUAUUAUAAUGACAAUGAUGCAGAGUCUCAGCAGACUGGUGAGACUAGUCAGCCCUGUGAUAAUGAUAACGGAGCCUCAUCUUCAUGUUUACCGAAGACAGAAGGGAAGGGCUGUGACAAAACUAGCGAUGGUUUAGAGGAUGAUGAUGACAAUGAUGAAGACUUUGUACUUUCAUCAUCUAAACCAAAAGGCCCCUACUGUACUAUCUGCCCUGGCCGGCGUUUCAGAGAUGCUCACAAGCUCGCCAGACACAUGAGGACGCAUACAAAGGAGAAACCGUUCAUCUGCCCAGUCUGCUCUAUGAGCUUCAGCCAGUCGUAUCACAUGACGCGACACCUGAGGAACCAGCAUGGUGCCGGACAGCAUGUCUGCACUACCUGUGGGAUAACUUUAGAGAGCUUUGCAGAGUUGAAAGGUCACAAGAGGACACACAAGUCAGAAGUUCUGUCAUGUCCAGAUUGUCCUGAAAAAUUCACCAACAAUGAUGUGUUCUCUAGCCAUAUCAAGUCACACAUGAAAAAUCUCUCUACCCAAAAUAAGGAACAGAGUUCUCAGCAAAUCGAGAGUGUCAAAGUGAAGAUUGAAGAAAUAACAAGCGAUGAUGCUGCCUUUGGUAAUGGUGAUUGUCAGGAUGAAGGAUCUGAAGCUAAUGUGACAGAAGAAAGGAACUCUGAUGAAGCGCCAUGUCAAGAUGGAGGCAGAAAGAAAGACGCCGCCAGCACAAAAAGAGGCCAUUUCUGUCCCAUCUGUGUUAACAGGCGAUUCAGAGGGCCAAAUAAAUUGGCCAGACAUAUGAGGACGCACACAAAGGAGAAACCCUUCAGCUGCCCUGUCUGUGCUAUGACAUUUAGCCAGUCCUACCACAUGACCCGGCAUGUGAGAAACCAACACAACCUGGGCAAGUAUAUCUGCUCUAAAUGUGGCAGAAGUUUUAGUAACUGGCUGGAUAUGAGAGCGCACAGGAAGACCCACGCAGUCGAAGGCCUGACGUGCCUCGCAUGUGAUAUACAGUUCAAGGAGAAGGCUGCGCUUGCGAGUCAUCUUAAAUUACACAAGAAGGUGGAGUCGGGUCCUCGAAGCCUCGUGUGUGGGGACUGCGGCAAAGAAUUUCGCCGAAUGUAUCAUUUGAAAAGGCACAUAGUGACCCAUCGAAAAGCGACAAAUGGGGAGUGUUACACAUGCCCUGACUGUCAAAAACACUUUGCCUUCGUGGAAGACCUCAACAAACAUCUGCAGAUACAUGUGAAAGAAAACAAGGGGACUUGCCCAAAGUGUAAUGAAACAUUUGGUAGUCUAGAAGAGCUGGAGACACACAUGGCAGUUCAUCAAAAGUCUUACUCCUGCAGCACGUGUGGAAAGAAGUUUAAAGUUGAAUAUGCACUGAAGAACCAUGAGCAAAGUCACGGAAGCGAACAGUAUUACUGCUCACUGUGCCGUAAGCACUUCCUCAAGCUUUCACACUAUAAGAGGCACUUAAUGGUCCACAACAGACGAGAGUCUAGAUGCCCACACUGUGAUAAAGUCUUUCUGCAGUUAACAGCUUUGAAGUAUCACCUGCGGACUCAUACUCAAGAAAGACCGUACCAGUGCACCUGUUGUAUUGAAACCUUUGAGGAGAAGGAAGAUCUAGAGCAGCACUGCCUCAAACACAGAAAAUUCAAGAAGGAGAGGCCUUACUCGUGCACUCGGUGUGAUUAUGCUUUCUCCACCUUAAUGGAGCUGACAGAACACAUGGGUUCACAUGAGGGAGAGCAGCCGCAGACCUGCCCUGUCUGCGGGAGGACUUUCCUGAACAAGAACAAGCUGGAGAAACACUUGACGAUCCACACCGGGGAGAGACCUCACCUCUGCUCCAUCUGUGGAAACGGUUUCCCUUCCGCCGCCAGCCUUAAGCUACACGUCCACAUCCACACAGGAGAAAAACCUUUCCAGUGUUCACAGUGCAGUAAAAGUUUCAGGUCAUCCAGUGGGCUGCGCCUCCACAGCAGACAGCACAUGGAGGUUCGGCCCAGCUACGAGUGUCCUGAGUGCGGCAGGACUUACGGCCGCAUGACAGAGCUGAAGAUGCACCAGCGCUAUCACACGGGAGAUAAACCGUAUGCGUGCACCUGCUGCAGCAAACGCUUUAUUAGCAAAGACAAACUGAAUGUUCACAUGAGGAUACACACAGGGGAGAGACCGUACUCCUGCCCCCACUGUGGACAGACAUUUACACAGACUGGGGACAGAAACAGACACAUCAGUAAAUUCCACCCAUUAGUGCAGUGAAAAGACCCACAGCGAAGUGCUGGUGUCACUUUGAAAUGCUCGUACCAGUGGUUUUGCAUGUUUAUAGGAAUAGGUUGCAUUAAUAAUUGAUUUUAGAAUCUUAUUAGUGUCAUGUUUGAGGAAAAAUAAGAAACCAAAAUGUCUUACAAUUAAGGCUGGGCGAUAUGGAGCAAAAAGAAUAUCCAUAUUUUUAGCUGAAUGGUGACAAAAACAUGCAAAACCACUGUGCUGGUGUCAGAAAUGGUUUCUCUGUGCACAGUAAGAUGCCUGACAGUUUCUCUGCUGUUUGUUUUUUGCAAGUUUCACAGCUGGACUGAAGAAGUCAUAUCAUUUCUCUUGAAAUAAAAAAGCUCUGCAUGACAGUUUACUCUUUGAGGCCCACCGCUCUCACUCCUGUGCCUGACAUAUCCUCCUCAUAAAGCACUUUUGUAAGGCACCCUGGUCUUACAGACUGUCACACUAGCGACCAGCCUGUGAAUCUUUGGCCUUCAAGACACCCCUCUUGCUCUGCAGGCAUAAACUGACUGCUCAGAAACUAAAAGAUUUCAGCCAUCAUUAUUCAGCAUUUUUAGCAGUGUGUUGGCAUUUUAUCGUGUGAUUCUUUUUACUUUUUGCUUCUCUGAAAGUGACCAUUUUCUAACUGUUUAGAAAAGUGUCAUAAAAAUAAAACGUAUUCACUUCACCAGUAAGUACAUGAUGUGAG